GUGCACAUACACGCGCGCACCCCCGUACACACACCUGGAGCUUGGGGGAUGGGGAGAGAAGAGCAGACGCGAGUGUCUUAAAAUAGAGAGCUAGCGUGGGGAGCGCUUGACUCGGACUGGCGGGAGGAGGUGAGCUGGAGCUGCCGGACCCUGGGUGCGCAGUUGAGCACCCAAGCCACACGGACGCGCAGGGGCGGGGUGGCGGCCGACGCCCCUCGGCUCGCGCUCCGCACCUGGCCCUGCAGGAAGUGCGCGCUGAUUGACAGCUGCGGUGUCCCAAAAAGGCUGUAGUCAAAGAUGCUGCUCCGCGGGUGGGUGUAGACGCAGCAGGCGCGCCCGUGCCCGCUCUGGUCCGCGCGCCUCACCUGCCCCCGGCGCCCCUCUGGCUGCGGAAGAGCGGGGCUCAAGCCCCAGCCCGCGUGCCAGCCCCCGCGGUCCGAGAAGAGUCGGCGGCACUCGCAGCACUCAGGUCGCCAGGCUCUAGUCCCGGCUCACCAUGCAUUGCCACGCGGAACUGAGGCUGAGCUCACCCGGCCAGCUCAAAGCAGCCAGGCGGCGCUACAAGACUUUCAUGAUCGAUGAGAUCCUCUCCAAGGAGACCUGCGACUACUUUGAGAAACUUUCCCUCUACUCUGUGUGCCCGUCGCUGGUGGUGCGACCCAAGCCUCUGCAUUCUUGUACCGAGACAGAUAUUUAGCAGAUGUGGCAGGAGCAAUGUACAAGAAAUUCAAAGCUCUCCUUCCUUAAGGGCGUAUCCCCUCCUCUCUGUGAUCACCCGGCAACCCACAGUCAUCUCCCAUCUGGUUCCCACCGGCCCAGGAAUCACCCCAGUGUUAUCGGGCCAUGCAGUCACCACUGAGGCUGCCGCCACCGAGCCCCCCGGUGCUGAGGCACUAGCCAGCAGCGAGUCCGAGACAGAACAACCCACACAGCGGCAGAAGAAACCACGUAGGAGUCGCACCAUCUUCACGGAGCUGCAGCUCAUGGGCCUGGAGAAGAAAUUUCAGAAACAGAAAUACCUGUCUACUCCAGACAGGUUGGACUUGGCCCAGUCUCUGGGACUCACUCAGCUGCAAGUGAAGACCUGGUAUCAGAACCGCAGGAUGAAAUGGAAGAAGAUGGUUCUUAAAGGUGGACAAGAAGCACCCACAAAACCUAAGGGGCGUCCCAAGAAGAACUCUAUUCCCACAUCAGAGGAGAUUGAAGCUGAAGAGAAGAUGAACAGCCAGGCCCAGAGCCAAGAGCACCUGGAGUCCUUGCAGGGACCCAAGGAGCCCUGUGAUACCCAGGAGCCCAAAGCAUGUCAUGUCCCCCUAGAGGUGGCAGAAGCGCCACCUCACCAGCCCCAGGAGUUGCCAGAAGCUUCUUCUGAACCCCCACCAUUAAGCUAAGCUAAAAUUGUUUGGGGGAAGGGGGAUACUGGGGAAAAGGGAAGAGAGAGAAGGCAAGGAGACUCAGGAUAGAAGACUGCUAAAGCCUAGUCGCGUGGGUGAAGGAGCGCCACCGGCCACCUCCUCCCAGCGGCAUUUUCAUCUUGAGCAUUUGAUGAAGACUUGUUUUCCUUGGGUCUUGCCCUUCUUGCAAGGCUGUGUGAGCCACAGAUACCCCCGAGUAAGGGAGCUAGCGCCUUGGAGCUGUUUGCCCAGGCUGGGGCGAUGGCUGUGGGGUUGAGUACAACAGCCUGUCAGUGUGACUAGCUGGGCUGGCCUGCACUUCUCCUUCCCUGCUUCCCUCUGGGUAGCCAGUCAGCAGUGCAGAGAGAGGUGGGUGGGAGCGCUAGGGAAGCCCCCCAGGCUCCUUGCUGACUCAGCGCUUAUUUCUGUAGUUUUAAGAGAAUGGAAUGAUUUGGGGUUCUUUUUGGAGGGUGGGGUGGGGAAGACUGUUGAAGGCAGGCAAAGAAAGAAAAGAAAUAGAAAAAAAAAUGAGUUGGAGGGAGUUACGAGUUACUAGGGACAUCUCUGAGUCCUGCUUGCCUGUUUGGAGACACGUGUGCCUUUGUACCUUUAUAAGAUGGUCAGGUGAUAAAACCCUUACGAGCCUUGGUUUUCCUGCCUCAUUAAGUUGACAUCCCUGAAGCUGCAAAUGCAGAUACGUUAAGAUAACUUUUAUUUUUUAAUUAAAAAUACAUC